AUGUCGACGAAUCGAAAGACUUUCAAGAAUCAACUGAAAAGGUUCAACAGUAACAAUAGCACAUCUUCGGAAUUGACCAGCUUGGUCGAAAUGUUUCCUGAUUGGGAAGCCGAUGAAUUAAGUGGCUUACUUGACGAAAAUGAUCAUGCUCUUGAAAUUGUAAUUGAUUUGAUUGUCAACAAUAAGGUCUCGAGAUGGGAACCAAGUAAAAAGGACAAGUUGAAAAAGAAGGAGCCAAAGGAAGAGGCAGCAAAUAAUGUAAAUAACACACACGGUACGAACCAUGCCUCGGCAAGCGACAAGAAAUUCUCGGGUAGAUCAAAAUCAGCAACAAAACCUUUAAAGAAACAACAAUCAGCAUCCAAGAAACCAUCCAGAUCGAGCGACAAAUCAACCGCUAGUGCCACACAAUCCUCCAAAUCGGAAUCUACAGGAGAACCAUCUGGCUCAUGGGCAGCAGCAUUAGGCACUGAUAAACCAAAGGCACCUAAGCAACAACAAGAACAAGCAUCAAAACAACAUGAAGAAGAAAAAGUGGACGAUGUGGAAGCUCCGACUGAAGAAGCUGUACCAUCAGCAGUAGAGGAAGAGGCUGCUCCGCAUGAAAAGGAUGCUCCACCAGAAAAAGCUCCUGUGGAGAAAUCUAAGCCAGCGUUAAAGGAAGCAAGCAUUCCCUCAUUGAACCAAGGUUCCUGGGCGUCAGCGAUAACUCCAAAGACCAAACCAAAACCAAAACCAACCAAGAUUCAAAAACCACCAGCUGAAACGCAACAAGCCACUCAACAAGCCACUCAACAAGCCACUCAACAUGAAUCAAUUAAAGAAUCAACGGAAACUACCAGUCAACCACCAGCCGCUGCUAUUUCGGAAAAUGAGCAAUACCAACAAAGUGAGAGCUCGCAAGAACCAAUUGCUCCAGCAGUUUACCAAGAAUCACCUGCUCCACAAGGUCCACAAGUUGUUUUGCCUACAUCACAACAAGUUAAUUCAGUUGGUAUUUCGUUCGGCUCUUUAUCAUUAGAAGCUGAAGAUAACCAAGAAACCCAAACUCAGCCACAAGAGCAAGCUCAAGAACAAGCUCAACCAUCUCAUCAACAAGGACAACAACAGCAACAACAACAGCAACAACAGCAGCAGCAACAACAACAAGCAGAAGAACCACAACGUUACGGAUCCUAUGAUCAACAAUCCCAAGACAGGUUGCAACAAGGUGGAUACCAGCAACAACAACAACAACCACAACCACAACCACAACAACCAGCUCAAUUCGGCAAACAAGCUCAACAACCAGGACAAACCUUCCCAACACAACAAGCUCAAUACGAUUAUUACAAUCAAUUCCAACAACAACAGUACCCACAACAAGCAGCUCAACCAGGCUCUCAAUUUGCUGGAUACCCUGGCUAUGAUUAUAGUGCUUACACUCAGCAAGCUUUUGGCGGUGUUGCAUCUCCAGCCGCUAGCCACAAUGUUGCUACCCCUGCGGCAGCAAGUGGAUAUGCUCAAUACGCUCAACAAGCUGUGAAUGGUGGAUCAAUUGAUGCUACACAAAGUCCGGGCACCACUCAAGCUGGCUUGCCGCAACAAUCAGGCGCUGGCUUGUCUCAACAACAACAACAACAACAGCAGCAACAAAUCCCCACUCCAUUUGGUUACCCGUACUACAACUAUUACUACAAUAACCCAUACUUUAAUGCUGCCGGUGCGUUAGGAUCAAACGGGUUGGGAUCUAUUGGUGGCCAACCAACUCAAGCCACACAACAAAGUGCCCAACAGGCAAAUAUCCCGGGAAGCGGUCAAGGCUCUGUUACUAACAAUGGUUUUGGUCAACAACAAUACUACAAUCCUAACCAAUAUGGAAACAGGUACCCUGGCUAUUCGUACCCACCUCAACCACAACAACCGGGCCAACAAGGUCAAGGUCAGCCACCUGCUUCGGAGACUGAAGGGUCGCAACCAAACUCACAGCACUCUCAAGGGCAAUCUCAACCCCAGCCAAAUGCUCAACAACCUGUGAUGCCACAAUAUGGCGGUUAUCAACAAUAUCCCCAAUACGGAUAUCAAGACUCGACCCAAUACCGUGGAUGGUAUUAA